AUUUUUGAGCCAUCUUUGUCAUUGGCAAUUCGUGAAACUGUUGGAAUGUUCAUUCCUCAAAUUGACAACAUAAUAAAACUGCCUCCGACACACGUGGCGGACUUCUUCAUCCGUGUCGUCAAAGAGACAGUCGACUAUCGCGAGAAGAACAACAUCAAGCGAAAUGAUUUCAUGCAACUCCUCAUCGAACUCCGCAAUAAAGCACAGUUGCUCGAUGACUACGAAAACACAGAAUUGUCGAGCACUGACAAUGAACUUCCAAAAGUUAGCAAGACUCAGAAUGGGACUUCCAAAGAUUCCGACGAUAUAGAACUGACUGACUCGCUGCUGGCAGCGCAAGCUUUUGUUUUCUUCGCUGCCGGGUACGAAACAUCUGCUACGACCAUGGGCUUUGCCCUCCACGAACUAGCUAUGAACUUAGAUGUACAAGAUAAAUUGCAGGUUGAGCUCGACUCCGUGCUCGGUGAGCACAAUGGUGAAUUUUCAUAUGAAUCCAUACAGAAGAUGAAUUACCUGGACAAAGUUAUCCAAGAGACGCUGAGGAAAUACCCGCCGCUGCCCAACCACUUCCGGCGAUGCACGGUGCCCUACAUCAUCCCGGGCACCAAGGUGCGCCUCGAGAAGGGCACGCGCGUCUUCAUUCCCAUCCUCGGCCUGCAGAUGGACCCCGCCUACUUCCCGGACCCCCACAAGUUCGACCCCGAGCGCUUCAGCGAGGAGAACAAGGCCACGCGGCCGCGUUUCGCCUAUUUGCCCUUUGGGGAGGGGCCGCGCAACUGCAUC